GCAUCUCUCCUCCGCUCACUGGCCACACAUCCUCCCGCUUCUCUGCACGCUCGCCUGCUCAUUUCGCACCAAACUCUACAUUUGCACUCAGCUUUUCCUUUGGAUACACUAUUGGAUUUUUUGCUAAGCUGGCUUUGUGCUCGCGGCUCCUCGGAGACCAAACUAAAGGAUGGUCAGUCAGCACAAGUGUUGGGAAGCCUUUAUUUUUUCGCUGCCAACCUUUUAAUCGCUCUGGGGAGAAAUAAAGCUCGCUGACAGUGAAGUCAGUCCACAUCUUCUUCCUCUCUCUUUCCAACAUACAGUUAUUGUGCGCGGAUGGAGGUGUCGGCCUUAGGAAUUGAUGCCAAAUUGUGAACAGUGCAGUCUGCGUGUGUGUGAGAGACCUGCGGAGAAGUUUGACUGCGCAUCGUCUUGUGUGGAAUGGGCGAUGGAAUGUGCUGCAGCUUUGCAAUGAGGCGUCUGUGGUUCUGUGUCUUGCUUGCGAGCAUCACCUGCCGUCUGAGCUUCUCCCAGGAGAUAACUCCAAAAGAGGCAGAAUUAAAUGACAAUAUUACCAUCUUCACGCGCAUCCUGGACGGACUUCUGGAUGGUUACGACAACAGACUCCGGCCCGGAUUGGGAGAGAAGGUGACGGAGAUCAAAACCAACAUCUUUGUCACCAGCUUUGGUCCGGUCUCUGACACCGAAAUGGAAUACACCAUCGACGUAUUCUUCCGCCAAAGCUGGAAGGAUGAGCGACUUUGCUUCAAAGGCCCGAUGGAAAUGCUUGCCCUGAAUAAUCUUCUAGCCAGCAACAUCUGGACCCCUGACACCUUCUUCCUCAACGGGAAAAAGUCCAUUGCACAUAAUAUGACUACACCUAACAAGCUGCUGCGGCUGAAGGAUGAUGGGACUCUUCUCUACACCAUGAGGCUUACCAUCUCUGCUGAAUGUCCCAUGCAGCUGGAGGACUUUCCAAUGGAUGCUCAUGCUUGUCCCCUUAAAUUUGGAAGCUAUGCUUAUCCGGUCUCGGAGGUGGUUUACAGGUGGACUGAGAAAGCGGCUGACUCGGUGGUGGUUGCGGAGGAAGGGUCCCGGCUCAACCAGUAUCACCUGAUUGGUCAGGAUGCGGGCACAGAGGACAUCUACACCAGCCGAGGUCAAUACACCGUGAUGAUGGCUCACUUUUACCUAAAGAGGAAGAUCGGCUACUUUGUCAUUCAGACCUACAUGCCUUGCUUCAUGACUGUAAUCCUAUCACAGGUUUCCUUUUGGCUAAACCGCGAAUCGGUGCCAGCACGGACCGUGUUUGGUGUGACCACAGUGCUCACCAUGACCACUCUCAGCAUCAGCGCUCGAAACUCGCUGCCUAAAGUGGCUUACGCGACUGCCAUGGACUGGUUCAUCGCGGUGUGCUAUGCCUUUGUCUUCUCUGCCCUCAUUGAAUUUGCCACAGUUAAUUAUUUCACCAAAAGGAGCUGGGCGUGGGAUGGGAAAAAAGCAAUGGAGGCCCAGAUGCCAAAGAAGAAAGACCCUUUAACUCUGUCUAAGAAGCCAAACAACAAUUGUUCAGCUGGUGUGAAUUACACAACCAACCUAACGAAGGACGCGUCCAUCUCAACUAUUUCAAACAGCACGGCUGUCCAGCUCAAACUGCCUGAAACCAAGGCGCCAGACCCCAAAAAGACUUACAACAGUGUCAGCAAGAUUGAUAAGAUGGCCAGGAUAGUGUUCCCCGUGCUGUUUGGGACCUUCAACCUGGUGUACUGGGCUACGUAUCUCAAUAGGGAGCCAGUGAUCAGCAGAGAUCAGCAGAGAAGUCCUUAGUCCUUGAGUCAUUGACAUGUUUUUUAGCUAGUUCGAUAACAUUGCAUGUGCGUUGCUUCAAGAACAUUUUGCCAUGUUUGCUUAGAGUUUGUACAUGAUUAAAAAAAGCUUAAUUUGUCACACUUUACCACUCAGUUAUUGAUUCGUUUCUGCCACAUUGUGAUCUUUUAAAUUUUUUGGCAUUUGGCAUUUAUAUUUUCUCCUUGAGUCUACAUUCGAUGAUGGCUCAGCAAAAGCCAAAUGCUAUGCAAAAGAUGCACCUGUGUUAUUACUCGAACUCGGCUUUUUUCUCCUUUGUAACUCGAACUUUGUACAAAUGGGCCGGAGGUCCGGGAUUGCGAAGCUGGGCCCGGGCACAUGGAAAUUUGCUUCCUUGUUAAAAGCAGAUGAAUAGCCAUGCUUAAUAUGUUGCCUUCAGAGUGUGAUAACUCAUUAUGAAUGCACUGAAAUCCUCUGCUAUUACAUUUAUCAAAAGCCAGUUUUUCAGCUUUUACUUGAACGUUUCUGCUUCUUGUUUGCUUUCGCUGACUUUCUCCAUUUCGUACGGCGAGUUCUCAUUUACUGUUUUGUUCCUGUUUCCGUUGGUCCUAUAAACGGGGGACGAUUUAAAGCUAACGUGAUAGUGGCAGCUUCUGUUUCCAAGUCCUCGUGUAGAGAAUCCUGUAUGUAUGCAAGUGUGGUAGUAGUUUGGGAAAAAUGUAUAUACGCUCAGCUUUUAGAAAGGCACCACUAAGCCAGUAAGGUUCAUCUAUGUAAAGCAUAUACAGCACCAGUAUUACUCUAGUCUAGCGCUUUAUUGACUGGAUUAGGAAAUGAUCCAAGUAGCUUAAGCUUUAGAGAUGUUGACAUUUUUUUAGGUUACUUUGUUGUUUCUAAGCUUUGAUAAUAACUUGCAAAUAUUAUUAACCAAUAUCUGGUUGCUUUGAGCAGAGUCACUCUUUGUCAUGUAAUUAAAAGACUGAUUUGAACUAAUCAGGUUAUCAUGAGAGACGAGGGUCUCAGUGACAAGGGUCUCAUCACAUUACAUUAAAUAAAAUUCCGAUGAGCUAAAUGAAUAAUUUUAUAUUCUGGCAAUAUUUUAUUUGCUUUCUUGUUGAGAGUGUAAUGAGAAGAUUAACGCUGCUCUCUCUGUGCAGUAAGUAGUGACGCUCUCCAGUGUUCAGACCUUAUCUUAGCAUAAAGACUAGAGCUGGGAAUGAUGUUUAUUUCAUUCUGAUUGGCUACCUUGGGGAAGCCUGCUGAAGGGCAGCACCUGGAGCUUGUAAGCUGUGCUUGGUCUGUGCCCGCAGUAGAUUACCAUGUAAAGAAAUGUGUGAUGAGCUGAUGUCGGCUUUUGGAGUUUCAUCAUAGUGGUUUGUGUUUUCUAUACAGUCUAUGUUUCAUGGGCAGGAAAACGAACUUUGAGGAAACUUUAAGUUUUCCAAGAAAAUGAAACAAACAAGCCGAGCCAAUCUGGCUGUUUCCUUCUACUUUAAGUCUUUAUGCUAAGCUAAGAUGACCGACCCCUUUCUUUAUAUUUGUUUCAUAUGAAAUACAUUUCACAUUUCUCAUCAACCCUUUGCAAGAAAGCCAUUUCCCGUUUUUAAAAGGUACUAUUGUUUAAAUAGAAUAUAAUGUGAUGCCCUCCACAGCAGCUGCAUGCUCUACACUCACUUCAGCAGAGUUAGUUCUGCAGACUGAACAGAAUCAUGUGACUUUAUGCCUGCGUGGCCUGCCACUACUUCAUUUGUUGGAUUCAUUUGAGAUUUUAGAUACAUACUGUACUGUUGUUUAAAUGCAAUGAUCUGAAGCAAUAAAUAAUGCUCAUGAAUAAUGACCUCUA